ACCACAACUACUCUCCAACAACAACUUCGAACCGAUCCAUCACCACAUUAACCUAAACAUACCACAACCACCCAACAUGUCUACCGAGAACAACUCCACCCUCAAGUCCUACAUCGACUCCGCCACCGGCGCUGUCCAGAGCGCCGUUGGUAAUAUUAUUGGCAACCGCGGCGAUCAGGCCGAAGGUGAGCUCAAGCAGGAGAAGGCUCACGCCGAGCACGCAGCCUCGCACGAUACCGCCAAGGUCCCCGGCUUCACGGCCACCUCUGACGGCGCCGUCGCCGCCGACCACCCCGACCGCACGUCCGGUUCUUGGAAGCAGACCGCCGGCGCGGCCAAGGAGUUUAUCGGUGGAGCUGUCGGCUCUGAGGACCUCAAGCAAGCCGGCCGCCAACAAAACCGCGAAGGCCAAGAGCAGGAAGCCCGCGGCCAGGUCAAGGACCUCGGCGAGGGCGCCAAGGACCGCUUUACUGGCCAGCUCGGCAAUGCUGCUGCCGCGCUUGUCGGCGACCGCGAGAAGCAGGCCGAAUAUCAGACUCAGCAUGAUGUUGGCAAGGCCCAGCAGCGUGGUGCGGAGCAUGAUAUCCAGAAGGAGGCUGAGGCGCAGAAGAACGCUGAUCUCUAAAUGAUUGAGGAAAGACUCUUGACGAAAGGAAGGAAGACGAGGUUGAGGAUGGAUUGGAGAUUAUACCCCCCUAUUUUACCUAUUAACGAAUUCAUGACCACGCAAUGACUUUAGUUUCGGAUAAUAAAAUGAUAUACUGAACGA